ACUGGCAGCAGCUGCCGCUGCUUCUCGGUCGCCUCAUUGCUUUCGAGCUUUACCGCAGGAUGGUUGACGUGAUGGUGGUGAUUCCAGCAGCAAAUGUCGUUUUUCGGUGGAGGGUUGAUGGAUUCAUCGGCGAACGCGCCUCCUUCCGCUUCGGCGGGGCUGAUGUAUCCGUUCGAGGGUGGGGAGGCGGCGGGGAAGUCGUCGGUGGCGGCGGGGCUGAUGGGUAAUGAGCUGACGAGUUCGAUGGAGGCGGUGAAGAUGGAGCAGAGCCACCACAAUCACCAGAGGAAUCUCGCCAGGCAGCUCUUGCUGGGGAUUAAUAAUAACUAGAAAAAAUGCCGCUGCUACGCCGCGGGGACUUACGAUGCAAAAACGUAAUGAAUGGAUGGCAGUUUAGUUUAUGGUCAAACCACACUGUUGUGGUUUGCUUUGCUGUAAGGAGGUGGAGAGUCAUGUUUGUGACCCUACAAAUGUUGUUGUAAUCCCAACAACUUCCCAACUGUGGGAGCUUCAAAUCUUUUAAAGUGACGUCUUACAAAAAGGCAAUAGACUUACAACACCCAGCAUUUCAUGUUUCCCUCACAAUUGGAUUGAAAAGCCACUGAUACCUUGCUGGUAGCUCCAGUCACUACAAACAAAAAUGAACCUAAGCACUCAAC